AUGCCUGAAAAACUCAACGGCUGCGUAUUAAAACCCAUGGAUCAAUGUACUGUAAGGAUUAUAUGGCUAUAUAAUAUAGGCAAAACCGAAAUAGUAGUCACUGGUGGUGAUACUAAAAAAUCUAUAUCAACUGACCAUGCACUUAAUGUCGGUACAGGUUACGAGUAUCGUGAGGAAUUAGAUGCGGAACAAGUUCUGGAAUAUAUAUGUUCAACUGAUGAAUGUAAUAGUUUGGGUCAAAUAAAACGUUUGAUAAAUUCACUAACAGUAACAAGUCAUCUUGACGAAAUUGAAAACAUGAUCAAACCUCAACAACCAUUUCAAGGUGCAUGGUGUGUUCGUGUUUCAAAUACAACUACUAUUGAAUGCGAUCCUACAAUACCAACUGAGUUAUGUAGACAAUGUUCAUUAGCAGUACAGAAUGAUGAAAAGACAACGCAAGUAUGCGCAACUUGUUCAACUGAAAGUGUGGAUAAUUCUUUAUCAUAUACAGUAAUGUUUAAUAUGAAUGAUCGAACACGCUCUAAUAUUUGGCAGGUUCUAUGUCAAGCAGACAAAUGUAAUUCAUUAAGUAAUGCCGAUCUUAUUCAUGAAAAAAGUGCAAUGGACUUUGAUUUUAAUAAAUUUUUUAAUAAUGGACAAAACCGAUUCUCAUUAUCAAUAAUGAUUAAUAUGGUUAUGAUUUUCAUCAUUUUUUUAAACAAAUUUCUUUAUUAA